AGUUCAGUCCUUUUCUUAAAAUCAUGAAAGAUCAUACUCAUUGAUGGUGCCAAUUGAACAUCUCGUUGAAUACCCACCAUUCAGUUUUCACAUUGGUUCCAUGCAAGUUGCAACACAAUGUUCAGAAACCCAAAACCAUGUGUUCCACUCUUUCACCAUCUUUCCAGAUUCAGAAUCACACCCAAUUCCCUCUGUCCAAUCCCUCCUUUCCUCGUACCAUCGAACAACCUCUCCACUGAUUCCACAGACACAAACCCGACAACAUCUGUUCCCAUCGAUGCGGGCUCUUCGAACCGCAAACCCGUUAGUUUAUGGCCCGGCAUGUUCCAUUCCCCUGCCAUACACGCUCUCUGGGAAGCCAGAUCCUCCAUUUGCGAAAUCCCCCCUUUAACCAAUGCCACUGCCUAUGCCCCCUCUGCUCCCAAAACACCCUCUCAAAGCAGGACUAGCGUCUUCUACAACUUCUCCUCUGAUCACAUUCUUCGCGAGCAGUAUAGGAACCCAUGGAAUCACAUCAGAAUGGGCAAGCUCGUCGAGGAUUUUGAUGCUCUAGCUGGCACCAUUGCCUUCAAGCACUGUUCUAAUGAAGAUGGAACAACAAGGCCCCUUCUAUUGGUCACUGCUGCCGUUGACAAGAUGGUUCUUAAUAAGCCAAUCCAUAUUGAUGCUGAUUUCAUCAUUGUUGGUGCUGUUACCUGGGUUGGCCGCUCAUCCAUGGAGAUUCAACUGGAAUUGACUCAGUCGGCACAAGGGAAUACCAACAUCUCAAACUCACCUGCACUUGUAGCUAACUUCACCUUUGUGGCUCGUGACUCCAUCACUGGUAAAGCAUCCCCAAUUAACCAGAUAUCACCUGAAAGUGAACAAGAAAGAUUACUCUGGGAAGAAGCAGAAGAGAGGAACAAGUUAAGGAAAAAAAGAAAAGAACAAAAACAUGGAGAGAGUGGAGACACUGAUAGGCUCAAUGAACUAUUGGCCGAAGGGCGUAUCUUCUGUGACAUGCCAGCAUUGGCCAACAGAGAUAGCAUCCUCAUGAAGGAUACUUGCCAACAAAACUCUUUUAUCUGUCAGCCGCAGAAAAGAAACAUCCAUGGUCGUAUCUUUGGGGGAUUCUUGAUGAGAAGAGCGUUUGAACUUGCCUUUUCAACUGCUUAUGCCUUUGUUGGUGCAGCACCUCAUUUCUUAGAAGUUGAUCACGUUGAUUUUUUUAAACCUGUGGACGUCGGAAAUUUUCUUCGUCUAAAGUCUUGUGUUCUGUACACAGAACGUGAGAACACAGCUGAGCCCUUGGUGAAUGUAGAAGUUGUUGCACAUGUGACAAAGCCUGAGCACCGCUUAAGUGAGGUAUCUAACAGAUUCUACUUCACAUUUGGUGUUGAUCCUGAGGCCGUUAAAAAUGGGUUGAGGGUUCGAUGUGUUGUUCCUGCUAAAGAAGAGGAAGCACGAAAGGUGCUUGAACGCAUGGAUGCUGAGAACUUGAGUUUGGUAAAAAAAGAUGGUAAUUUUGAAGUGGUCAAGGAAAACAAGUGUAUAGAGAAAACGAAUUUAUGAUAGAGUACUUGUAGAACUUUCGUACGUAGUUGUGGAUUGAACUACAGAGCGAAAGUCAAUUGCGCAAGCUAUAUUCAUUCGAUCUGGAAUUUGAAGUUUCUUUUCCAUUCAUGUUUUGGAGUUAACAAGUUACCAACAGGUAACGCCAUUCUCAAACCUCUGAAAUGAAUAAUAAAUAAUCGCACUUUUCGUAGUCUA